CUCAGCGCUGUUUUAUGUCAUCAAACACUUCCAAGUUGAAUUGAAAUGCACUCUCAAUCAGGGUAGCUUGUCACAGACAGAGAAAACAACUUUCUGGUAGUUAGUUUCUUGCUUUUCAAAUUCACCGGGGCACAUGGCUGUUUUCUACGGCAGAGGUACGAUAUCUCCUGCAGAAAAUUUCAAUGCUGAGAGAGCUGCAGCCAAACUUCGAAAGGCCAUGAAAGGAAUAGGCACAGACGAGCGAGCCAUCAUUGACGUCUUGGUCACACAUUCGAAUUCUCAGAGACAAGAGAUUAAAAGGAAAUACAAGAGCCUCUAUGGGAGGGAUCUGGUGGAGGACAUUCAGUCCGAAUUAGGAGGUAAUUUUGAAGAUUUAUGCGUGGCUCUCUUGACACCACAGAUCGUAUUUCUCGCUGACUGUCUCUACGAUGCUGUACAGGGCUUGGGAACAGAUGAAAAUUGCAUUAUAGAAAUAUUAUGCACACAUGAAAAUAGAGAAAUAGAAGAAAUUAAAGCUUGUUUUCGCCAAAAGUACAACAAAGAUCUAGAGGAUGCUUUGAUAAGUGACACCAGCGGUCGCUUCCGCCACCUUGUUAGGGCUCUGGUCGCAGCCGAGAGAGACGAAACAGUCGAGAUAGAUUUCGAAAAGGCAGAGAUGGAUGCACAGAGACUUUUCGACGGUGGCGUUGGGCAGCUGGGUGUAGAUGGUGAACUUUUCACAAAGAUUCUCUGUUCUCGCAGCAUAUCUCAGUUGCAGGCGACGUUCGAAGCUUACGAAAGGAUCAGCGGGCACUCACUCACUGCUGCCAUAAGGUCUGAAUUUUCAGGAGAUACCAAGGACACCUUACUGGCCAUAGUGUAUUGUAUCAAGAACAGGAACAAAUUCUUCGCCAAACAAUUGAAAGAUUGUCUGAAAGGUUUAGGAACAGAUGAUUCUGCUCUGGUUCGAAUACUGGUCUCAAGAUCAGAGAUCGACCUGGAAGACGUAAAAGAAGCUUAUCUGAAGCUAUUCAGAAAAGACCUGGCCGAGGACGUAGCCGAAGACACGAGCGGAGACUACAGAAAGGCACUUCUUAGGAUCCUACAGCCAUGAAAUGCAGCGUUUCACACUUCUCUUUGAUUUCAGUUUCAAUAAAGGUUUUGCUGUUAGUUUGCAUU